AUGGCUUCGGUGCCUGAUCGGAUAGUGAACGCUUUUAUUGGUGUGAUUCUGGAAAGGGUUCAGGUCGCCCCUGGUCGGUUUCGUGUCUCGCUGCCUCCUCACGGUUUUUCGGUCGAAGAAGCGCUUCUCAUUUCAUCUUUCUCCCCCCUUCGAUUCCUUCCGAUGAAAGUCUGGAAAGCUCACAGAAAGCGCUCGCGUAUGGUGCUCAGAUUCCGGCGCGUUUCAGCUCACAGAGAAAUUGUUAGAGCAGGCAAUGUCUUGUUUACCGUCGCUCUGGCACAUCGACCCUCUUCAUCAGAAGCCUUACGAGGAGUCGAGCAACCAGGAACAGCAGGACAAACACAAAGAAGUAGGCAUCAAAUCAGCAAAGAACUAUGGAGCCGUGCGCUUCUGGAGGUAAAACAGUCCAAAGAUCAAGAUGCCAUCAAACUCAUUGACGAGAUUGGGAGCCGGGUCGGCCAAGAUGGCACGACUGAUACCUGCCCGACAGUCAUGGCGGACUUGGUGAUGAGCAUCUCAGAGACAAUGGAGCGCCAACUGAAGGAGAAGAAAAGCCCUACUUUGGCGUCUUCAUACGUUGAAAAGACAAUCGACGCUCUCAAUCAAUUUGUCUCAGUUGGGGAUGUUGCUGUCAGCUAUGACCCAGUACACGCUGCCCUUCCAUGGGCUGUUGUACGGGCGGUCCUUGUGACUGUUGCAUCAAAGUAUCAGCUUGAUGCACAGAUACUAGGAGGGCUGGCUUCCGUCACCUCGUUAUUGCUGCAGUGCAACAUGUACCAAAAGCUGUACUUGUCCUCCGACCACGACCCGGAUGGUGUUGAGGAAGCUCGAGAGGCUCUUAAAGAGUCUCUUGUCGCCUCCUAUGUGAGCUCGCUGUAUUUUCUGGGUUUUGUGUACGCCCGGCGGAGGAGGAAUAUGGCAGUGGUGGCUCCCUUUGUGCUCCACGAAGUCGAGAAAAAGGUCAAGGAUCUCGACGACAGUAGCCGCCAACUUACCAACAAAGCAGACGACUGUGAAAGAUUCUAUACCUCUCAUACCAGCUCAUCUUCACAGAAGCUCAUCGAGCUUAUUGACAGCUUGCGGCAGUCUUCGAGCUACCACUCCACACUGCCGCACAGCAUACUCCUUGAGAGCAUACAGAAAGAGUUUAUCAUAAGCAAGCUACUAAUCGCUCAGGGUGCGGCUUUUGAUGAUUACUCUCAGACAUUCCGAGACGAAUGUUACCCCGGCACGCGCCUUGAGAUACUCGACUCAAUAUACAAAUGGGUAGCUGAUCCAGCCAGCCCUGCCAUCUUCUGGCUGCAAGGAAUGGCGGGAACGGGCAAGUCAACCAUCGCGCAGACGGUGACCAAGAAGCUAGAUGGAGUCAAUCUGGGUGCAAGUUUCUUCUUCAAACGAGGUGACGGCGAUCGCGGGACACCUCGGCGGUUCUUUGCAACAAUUGCUAGCCAAAUGAUUCGCAAACAGCCCCGACUUACCAAGAUCCUCUACGAUAUUAUCCAGGAAGAGCCCGAGAUUGGAGACAAGAUGCUGGAGACUCAGUUUCGGAAACUUUGGGCUCGCCCAUUGAAGGAGCUGGCUGCCGAACCUACCACGGAGCCGACGACAAUCGUGGUGGUGGUCGAUGCACUCGACGAAUGCGAUCCACCAGAGGACGCAAAGCUUCUCAUCAAACUCCUGACCGAGCAUGAUGUUGUUUCUUGCCUCAGAGUCAAGAUACUUCUUACAAGCAGGCCAGAAUACCAUAUAGCCCUCCAGUUCAACAUCUCAGGCAACCCGCGUCGAGAUCUGAUUCUGCAUCGUGUCGACGAAGCCAUCGUUCAAAGCGACAUCCGCACAUAUCUGCGAAUCGACAUUGAGAAGUACACGAAGCAAUAUAACCAGCAAACAGAAAAGAUGGGACAAGGCCAAGUGCUCCCAGCUGACUGGCCCGGAGAAGAAACAUUCGAGCGACUUGUACAAAUGGCGACGCCCCUCUUCAUCUCUGCUGCAACAGUAUCCCGAAUGCUUCGAAACGAUCAGUGGCCUGCGACGCCUGAGCAAAAGGUAGAGCACAUACUCGAAUUCAGCACAAAGGGCCAAGGCCAGGUGGAGGAUCUAUACCGUUCGAUCCUUGCUCAAAUCAUGAGUCAGAUCCCAGUCCGCGCCAGACAGAGAUACAUCGACGACUUUCAGAGGAUUGUCGGAUCGGUUAUUCUUCUUGCAAGCCCUCUCUCUGUUGUCGCUCUCUCAAGUUUGCUUGGGAUUCAGGAGAACGAGAUAUACAAGAAACUCAGCUCUCUGUCUUCCGUGUUGGACGUACAGUCCAGAGAUGCGCCAGUCAAGCUAUUCCACCUUUCGUACCGGGAUUUCUUGUUAGAACAGGAUUCAUUCAGCAAUAUUGAGGAUCAAGAUCCUUGCCGAGGGUUAUACAUUGAAGAAGUAGCCGCUCAUGCGUGGCUGGCAGGUCAAUGUCUACAGCUCCUAUCUAUGAACUUACAUAACGACGUCUGCAAUCUCCAGGAUCCGGCUGUGAGCAGAAGGGAGAUUCGGGAAGAAAAGAUUCGACAGUGUUUACCUCCCGAAGUGGCUUAUGCAUGCCUCUACUGGAUACACCACGUAGAGGCAGGGAAAAGGGGGCUCCAAGACGGAGGACCCGAGCACAAGUUCCUCGAAACUAAGAUGCUGAACUGGAUCGAGGCGUUAGCCUGGCUCGAGAGGUUAAACGAAGGGCUUGAAGGAAUCCGAACCUUGAAAGAUAUGGCUCAUAACGCCGGAAGUCAGGGAAUUUUUCGACUACUCGAAGACGCCGAAAGAUUCGUCUUUUCGUUCAGGCCGGUAAUUCAAGAAACGCCAUUGCAAAUUUACAACUCGGCACUUGUUUUUUCGCCGACUAUGAGCAUCGUUCGGAAGACUUUUGCUUCGAACAGUCCAACUUAUAUCAAAGGGAUGCCACAAGUCGAUACCCACUGGUCUGCUUGCAUUCAGAGCAUCGAGUCCAAAGACAGAGAUGCAGAAAGGCCGGUAGGCAUUCAGUUGCUCUCCAACGAGACAUUGGUCAGUGGCCUUCAUGCGGGCUCUGUCAAAAUCUGGGAUCUCAACAGUGCCUCCUGUCUCCAUGACUUUGAUAUCGAAUCAGACAAGGCUCACGAGUUUGCCGUAUCACCAGAAGGCAAAAUCGCAAUCAUGGGAGAAAGGCAUGUGCAGAUUUGGACUCUCCAAGAUCGACGGUGCUUAUAUACGCUGGACCAUAACCUAGGGCGUCCCUACAUGCACGUGUCCAUGGCAUUCUCGCCUACUGGGGAUUACCUCUAUGCGUUAUCGUUGGCUGGCGAGUAUACUGUCUUUGACAUUCUCCGCAGAGAAGCCAAGACGGUUAAGCUUGACCGAGCCCUUGACAUGGGGAGCAAAUGUCUCUCAAAGGAUGGGAAAUUGGCAGCUUUUUUCGAUGAGCACGAAGUUGUCCUCUGGGAUCCCGAUGCCAACAUAAUUCUCCAGGAGCUGAAGAAUAUUGAAAUCACCAUCAGUACAGCCACCUUUUGCCAAGCAGGGGAGCUUCUUGUACUGGGAGCCUUUGGCGGCGAAAUCCGCCUGACGAAUGUCAAGACAGGAGAAACUGAACAGGAGUUUGACGGCCAGGUUGGAAUGGUCCAGGCCCUCGCCAUAUCCAAGAAUCAGGAGCGGCUCGUCGUUGGCGGCGGGCACAACCCUUCGAUUGCGAUAUGGGAUGUCAAGAACCAUGUCCUGCAACACAUUCUCACGGGCCACACGAGGUCCAUUUUGUACGUCGCUUUGUCUCCGGACGAAAAUACACUUGCGUCCUAUUCAUGGGAUGCAAUCAAGAUUUGGGCCUUGCCGCUCGCACCUCCUGCAUCCUCCCAGACUCGUGCCAUUGGAACAAACAUUGGGCACAUGGUUCUCGACUCAGACGGCCAAACGCUCUACCAUUCGGAGAUGGAGGCCGUCGGAACGUGGGAUCUGAACACCAUGAAGUGCGUAAAGAGAUCCGAGGUUGGCUCCGUGUUUGGCGUUGUACUGUCAGACUUCUCGCCACUCGCCGCCAUCCUGGGCAUGAAGCACACCGAGAUAUGGGAUCUGAGCAAGCAUUGCCGCGUCCAGACGCUGCAGACACUGGAGAAAUUGCGGUCAUCGGGAAACCUGCAUGAGUUGCCCCCGAGUCAACUUGCCCUCCAACCAUGUGCUUUAUCCAAAGACGCCCGGCUGUUUUACUCACGGUCUCACUUUUGGUCUGAACCCAAGAUGUACUGGUCGAUGCUGCAGACGUGGGAUUCUGUCACCGGCGACUGCGUGCACGUAUCUAGCAACAGUGAACGAGCAAUCACAGCAAUCUUCAUGUGCCCUGGGGGCCAGCAAGUGGCGUUGAUUGAGACGUCCGAUAUCCGGCCGCACGCGGAGGUUGGGAGGGCGGACAUUCGUAUUCAGGACGUUUCAACGGGUUGCUGCAUCUGUGUCAUCCACACCGAGGCUGCGGUCGAAUCCGCCGUAUUUUCCGCAAAGGGUACGCAGAUCAUUGCCAUCACACCAACUCGGGACGUUGGGAUCUUCGAUACGUCGACAGGGGCCAAGAUACUGGGCCUCUCCCUUGAGCUGGACCCGUACGAUGGUAGGCCACUUUUCCACUUGUCUCCGAGCUUUUUCAACAGAGAGCUCGUGGUCCACAAGGAUAUGCCCAGUGAAGAAGUCAGGGGCUCUUUACUGAAGGAGUAUGGCAUUUCGCCUGAUGGAUCCUGGUUGACGAGGCGUUUGAAGAGAGUGCUGUGGCUCCCCCCUGAAUACCGCCCGUCGUGUGCUAUUCUGGCACCAUCUCAGUUAAUCUUGGGAUGUGGUGGCCGUGUGGUCACAAUGGUGUUAGAGUCAUAG